AUGAAGCGAGCUGAAGCCUCUCGAGUAGUUUCCCGGUCUAUGGUAACGCCCCCAGCCGGGGCCCCCAGUUUCCCCGAGGAAGCCCCCGCUUUGCACCAGGGGCCCCCCUUCUGGGCCUUUUCGGAGAAGGGUUUGCUAAACCCAAAAAGUAACCCAACCCCUCCCCCGGUCCCAAAAAAGGGGUCCGCCAAACCCCUACGGCCUCAAAACCAGCUGCAGGGCGCACACGCCUUACUCUGGUCAGGUAAAUCAAGGCCCCCGCCCAAACAGUGGUCGUCCCGAUCGGCCACAUACACCGGCAGCCGGCUGCAAACCCUGCUGCCCACGCCCCUACGAAAACCCCCCAUUUGGGCCCUUGAGCCCGCACCCCAAUGCCCCCUGACACCACACAGUCUCUUUUGCCCACUGGCCCCCGGGGGCACGGCCCGGGGGGUUUGCACUGGGCCCAGGCCCAUGUUUUCCUUCGGAAGGGCCUUUAACUCCAAGGCCCUGCCAGCGCCAAACCCGCCAAAUCCUUCAGGGUUGGCCCAGGGUAAGGGGCCUCCUUUACCAGGCCUCCAAAAUCCUGCCCCAAACUGGGACAGUGCUCACCACGCUCCUGAGUCCGCUUCUUCAAGUGCGCCGAUAUACCUGGCCCCGGGGUUGGGGCCCGAAAAGGGGGUUUUUAAAGCCCCUGCCACGGGUUUUAAGAGUUUUAAAAACCUCCUGAAAGCCCCCCUUUCCGCCUUACUUCCUCCCCCAAAGGGCCCCGAACCUCCCUUAGAGAUGCAAGAUUGCUCUGUAGCCGCCCAAAAAGUUGGCGGGAAUGUUCCUUGCCUUCCUUUUCUGCUCCGAAGAGAUGGUGCGGGCCCCCGUGUGCCCCCCCCGUGCCUGUUCUUUGCCCUUUGUGCCAUUUUCCCCCUCAUACCCGGGCCCCAUGGCCUGAUCAGGUCCAUUGGCUCGGCUUCACCCCACUCGUGCCCCGCCUGUCAUAGGGCCCCCUCUCCCCCCCGGGCCGCCAUCUUUGAAAGACAAAGAUAA